CGUAGGAUUUCUUUGGAAAAUUUCACACAAAAUUUCCAACAUUUCCUUUCAUAUUAAAUUUCUUUUUUUUUUUUCAGAUCUUUAUUCUAAACAUCAUGCAUCGUAUUGAUAUAACAGUGCAUCCUGGGACACAAAUUUUCCAUUAUGUUUGCCCUGUCACAUUCGCUGUAAUUAAUGGCGAUAAAACAGGAUUGGAAUGUUUACUACGCUAUGGUUACCAAGUUAAUGAUUACAGAAGCGAACUUUUUAACAAAUAUAUUUGCAAAUCAUUCAUUUUUGACUGCAAUCUGGGUUACAACGAGAUGCCAAGAAAAGACGAGACAUUAUGUUGCAAUUUUCUACGUUAUACGUACGAUGACGUUCCUGCUCAUCAUUUCACUGCAAAUAAAUGUAAUGAAAAUUCGUCAGAUGAUGAGAACUUUGAAACGCAGUCAUCCAGAAAGUACAUUAUUAACGAAGUUAUUAUAUUUCUUUUGAUGUUUGCUACACGGAACUCGCCACAACAGAGAUCAGACAUGGUUGAUUGUUUCUUUCUAUGUUGGAGAGCUCGGCCAACACCAUAUGUGCGACUGCAUGAAAUAACCCAUACUAUCUCUGAAGAAGUAAAAAGUUCCUUUUGUCGCAAAAAGUGCUGGAAGAAGGUGCUUAAGCAUUGCCAGCAGUAUAGUUGUAUAUUUAAAAAUAUAUCGGAGGGUCCUGUGAUGCCCAGAACACUGAAACACUUGAGCAGAUGUGCUGUUAGGGUAGCGCUUGCAAAGUCCUACGCCUGGCAUUCAGGAAUCAAUAAGUUAGAUAUUCCUUUUCAUCUCAAAUCAUACUUGCGUCUAGAGAUAUAAUUAAAAUUAACAGCUUAACUUACUUGAAACUUUGCAUUAAAGUUUUCAGCGUUUAUGAUCUUUCGAAAAGUUCACAUUUCUGAUUGUUAUUGGUUAGGUUUGCUUUAAAUUCCUCUCAUACUAUAUUUUGAAUUUUUCGUCGCUACUUAUGUUUAUUUAUACAAACAGUUCAAAAUUUAUGUGUGAUUAUUAUUUUACGAAACGUACGUAUG